AUGGGUAUUCACGCACUGGAAACUAAAUGGGCAGAUAUUGAUGUUGACGAUGAGAAUGAUGCGGAGGAGAUGGUUAAUAAGGAAAAUUAUGGCUUUGAAAGUGCUCCUGAUGAAUUUGGGGUCAAAAGUGUCAUUUCAUAUUCCAAAAAUGCAAAGGGCCAAACAAUAAAAAUAACUAAACGAAUUAAGGAAAUUAGAAUACCUAGGAGAAUCAACAAGGAAAUUUAUGAACGUAAAAACUUGGUCCCAUUUAAUCUAAAUUCUGUUUCAAUGCAGGGUACUUCGAUGGUUUCUCAGGAAGAUAUCAUUAUUGAUAUUCCAAAACACACGAUGAACUGGAACGAUCAGUAUAGCGACUAUUACUUUACUGGUUCAGAUAUCAAUGCCAUUCGGGCCACUAGGGACCUGAAGCAGAAGUUUAGAAGCUUAAAAGAUGAUUUGCUUGAUGAUUUAGCACCCGAGUCAGUUGAAUUGAACAAUAAAUACGUUCCCCCUAGUAGAAAGGACGGAGAUCGCAGGCAGACAGACCAGCAAAAGGAGGAUUCGACAAUCAGGGUCACUAACUUAAGCGAAGACGUCAAGGAGAAAGACUUGAUGGAUUUGUUUGGAACUGUUGGUCGUAUCAAUCGGGCAUAUCUUGCUAAGGACAAGGAGACGCAGAGCUCAAAGGGCUUCGCUUUCAUCACUUAUUCCAACAAAAAUGAAGCCCUUAAUGCUAUCAACAUGUUCAAUAGGAGGGGAUACGACAAUUUGUUACUGAAUGUUGAAUGGGCUAAGCCAUCGCAAAAGGAACGAUAA